GUUUUCUAGUUUUUUUGAAGAAGGAAAAAAAUAAAUGUUUAGGGAAAUAUAGGAAGCUGCAUAUUUUUAUGAUUUCCUUCUGGUGCCAAAUAAUGUGUAGCCUCCCAACUGAAUUGUAUUUUCAAUGUUGUUUGAUUAUUUAGAAUGGUAACCACGUUAGAUAAGAACAAGUUAUGGCAACAACUAAACGAUCUUUCCAACUGUUGUGCCGAUGUGGCGAUUAAUGGCCAUGACAUUGGAAAGAGGGACAACAUUAUUGUGAUGCUAGGCAACACUCAGAGUAUGUUAAGCAGAUAUUGUGUUGGUGAUGAUGAACUGGCUACCGUGCAAACAAUAUUAAGAAGUACAGGUUUUUUAAACUCACUUUCAAAGCUACUAGGCUGUGAUAAAUUUGUUACAUUUUUAGUAUUGAAACUAAUGACAUUCUUAUUCAAGACUUUGCCUGAAUGUUUUUUGCAAGAGUAUAGUGAAGAUAUUUUGAAAAAAAGCUGUUCGGAGCAUUUGGAGUUAAGAGCUACACUUUUAAGUGUGAUAAUACAAUGCUUAAAAUCCAAAGAACGUAUGGAAAAAAGAUUGGCAGUAGUAAAGGCCAUUAUGGAUUACUUAGAGCUUUCUGCGGGUCUGUGUAUACAUGAAAUCAAAGAGUUGUAUUCUUUGGAGGUGAAAUCAGAAAAAUUUAUUUUGCUUCUACGAUGUUGCAUGAACAUUUUAAAAGCCAUAAAAUUAACUUAUACCACGGGUCAACAGAUUACUGCUACACUUUUAAAGACGUGCUCAGUAUUAGUAACUAGUUUAACGGGUUUGGGUAUACAAGUGUUUGCAAAAGAAGGUGUGCCAAAGAAACUUGUAAAACAGAGGCAUUUGCUGUGGCGUUAUUUUUUAAAGUCUUUUCACAGUAUUUUAGAUUUUAGUAAAGUAUGUUCGGAUCAGGCCUUGGUAAAUUGUUUUGCUUCCGUGUGUUUUGAUUUUGCUGAGGUAAUGAUUCAACCGAACCAAUUAAAAAAUUUGUGUAUAAUCGAGUCUAAUUUUGUUGGAUUACCCAAUAUUAUGACAUGGAACAGUUUUUCUCUUUUUAUGGAUGAUUGUAGUGCUCGCAAGUUGAUUAUCUUCGAGUUGGAAGUGUUGAAUUUACAGCUCCAUGAAUGUGAUGACAUUCGUUUACGACUGUCUACGAUAUUUUCAAUAUUGUACAAAUUUCCACGAAUCAACAACGUAUCGACCAAUCUUAUUGAAGUUCUUCUUGAGGUCUUCAUGGAGCAGGAUGACGAACUUGUGAAAGCUGUGUACUUGUUGCAGAAAUUGUUUUUGAAAGCCGGCUCCUUAUCGAUUCAAUAUGGCGAAGAUAUCAACCCUCUUAGGAUUUUCUUUCAAUUAACAAAAUCUUUAUCCUUUGACGAGAGUGUUCUACUCGACUGGUUAAUCUCAGACGAAUCAAACUUCCUGUUAUAUUUUCAACAGUUUUUACAGUACACAGGAGAGAAUUUUGCCUUGCUUAGUCAAACCGUUGAAACGUCGCCUAUGAAGAACUUUAAGAAAUCUACGAAAGACAUCGAUACAGCUGUAUGCCAGUUAAGUUUAGAAGCAGACAAAAAGACAAGAAACAUUGUCGGAUAUAGCUCUUCUGAAGAUGAAGAAGACCAUAAAGAUGAGUAUGAACAUACAGUCAAAGGAAAAAUGGCGUCGGAAGCUGUGGAUAACCUCAUGUCAUGUCUUAUUCGACUAAAUUUGAAAUUAGAUCGUUUAAAUACACAAAACUUACUGCCAGCAGGUCUAAACUUGAUUGUUGAUCAGCUUGAUAUGAUUGAACGUUUGUACGAAGAAUAAAAUAUAUUUUCUCCCUAUCUCAGAGAGGAGUAAAAUUA